CCUCGCGUUAGUCUUGCUGUGUUGUGAUCACGUGGCCAGCUCCGGGCGCGGCGCUUGUUUUGGUUUCCCUCUAGCUUGUCCCUGGCAGCUUCAGGGUGAGCGACUUUACUGUGCCGGUUGCUGCGCCUGCCUUACACUCAGAUCUCCUCUUCUUAGGGCUCUUUCAGCCCGCGGUUCGGCAAGCCCCUCGGGGCCGGUUACUGCCAUGCCGCUAGUUCGCUACAGGAAGGUGGUCAUCCUCGGGUACCGCUCUGUAGUCCUGGGCCACAGCCCGAAAGGACAGAGGAUGUAAAUGUGGACGGAUGAUUUGGAUACAACUACCACUGCUUCCCACAGGGAAGACAUCUUUGGCACAUCAAUUUGUGGAGGGCGAGUUCCUGGAAGGCUAUGAUCCUACAGUGGAGAACACUUACAGCAAGAUAGUGACUCUUGGCAAAGAUGAGUUUCACCUACACCUGGUGGACACAGCAGGGCAGGAUGAGUACAGCAUUCUGCCCUAUUCAUUCAUCAUUGGGGUCCAUGGUUAUGUGCUUGUGUAUUCUGUCACCUCUCUGCAUAGCUUCCAAGUCAUUGAGAGUCUGUACCAAAAGCUACACGAAGGCCAUGGCAAAACUCGGCUGCCGGUGGUGCUAGUGGGGAACAAGGCAGAUCUCUCUCCAGACAGGGAGGUCCAGGCAGUUGAAGGGAAGAAGCUGGCAGAGUCCUGGGGUGCGACGUUUAUGGAGUCAUCUGCUCGAGAGAACCAGCUGACUCGAGGCAUCUUCACCAAAGUCAUCCAGGAGAUUGCCCGGGUGGAGAAUUCCUAUGGGCAAGAGCGCCGCUGCCAGCUCAUGUGAGCCCUCAACCAUUGGGUUGCUGCCUUGAUUCUGCCCCUGGCACUUGCCAGGCUCCAAUGGGUGUAGGCCCUUAGAACUUCACGGGUAUGGUUGCCAGCUGUGUCCCCAGUCCUCUGAGGUCACACAGUGUGGUACCCUCAUGUUUGCACACUUUUCCAGGCUCCAGUGGCCUGGUUGUCAAUGUUUACAAUGGGCCAAGGAUGUCUCAUAGGCUCUGGCCUCUAGUCCUCUGUUUUUGCUAAAUGAAUUGUUACAACCUGCGGGGUUGCACUGUGCGUCCUAAGCAUUGUUUAUUUAGGACCCACUCUUCUGUGCAGGUUUUGGAUGUUGGCUGGUGAAGGGAGCUGGGGAUUCCUGAAGUGGAGCAGGCUCCCUAGGGUGACCAUGUAUAUAUGCAAAUAA